AUGGCGACGACGACAAGUCCAACUGAGGCGGAUCUGCCUAGCAAGGAAGAGAAGCUCAAAGCUACGGUCGAGGAGCUUGGCUCUGAAAAUGACAAGACGGGUCAUAUUGAAUACGUUCUUUCCAAGCAGCAACUCGUUGUUGCCUUUGCCGCAAUCUUCAUCUUGCUCUUCGUGCAAGAACUCACCUCCGGCAUCUUCCGCGUCCUCAACCCGUACGUCACCAGCGAAUUCGAGCGGCACUCCCUGACCGCCACCACCGCCGUCGUCUCCAGCAUCAUCGGCGCCGUCUCCAACCUCCCCGUCGCCAAGCUCUUCGAGGUCUGGGGCCGCAUGCAGGUGCUGGCCCUGAUGGUCGGCUGCAUGCUCCUCGGCAUCGUCCUGCUGGCCGCCUGCGACUCCGUCGAGACCUAUUGCGCCGCCCAGGUCUUUUACACCGUCGGCCUGUACGGCAUCAAGUUUUGCAUCGUCGUCUUCAUCACGGACACCACGGCGCUGCGCAACCGCGCCUUCUUCAUUGGCUUCACGGGGUCGCCGGUGCUCGCGACGCUCUGGGCGUACGGCCCGCUGUCGGACAGCAUCCUGCGGACGAUUGGGUUUCGCUGGGGGUUCGGCCUGUGGGCGCCGGUGUACCUGGUGGUCUCGCUGCCGGUGCUGGCGGUGCUUCGCAGCGCGCAGAGGGCGAAGAGGAGUGAGGUCGCGGGCGUGGCUGACGCUUCAGAGACGGCGCUGCCGCUUGCGUUUUGGGAAAAAGUCGUGCACCAUGCCAAGCUGUUCGACGUCGUCGGCAUCCUCAUCAUCUCGACAGGCUUGACCUUGCUUCUGCUCGCCGUGUCCAUCUACUCCUACCAAGCCGAUGGAUGGCGAUCUCCGCUGAUAAUCUGCUUCCUCGUCUUCGGAGCCUUGCUGUUGCCCGUCUUUUGUCUGUACGAGAGAUACCUUGCCUCGUCGACGUUUAUCCCGUGGUCCAUCUUCACGAGCAGGACCGUCGUCGCGACCAACUUGAUGGUGCUCACCCUGCAGGCCGGUCAGCAGCUUGCCAACGCCUACUUUUACUCCUUCUUGAUUGUCGUGUUCCGACAGACAAUCGCAAACGCAACGUAUAUCUCCAAUAUCUACUACAUUGCCAGCACGAUCACGAACUUGGUCCUCGGCGUCGUGGUCCGCCGCUUCGGCCGCAUCAAAUGGUUCGCCCUGUGCGGCGGCGUGCCCCUCGUGAUGCUGAGCGUGGGCCUCAUGAUCAAGUUCCGGACCCCCGACACGCAUAUCGGUCUCAUCAUCUUGAGCCAGUUCCUCAACGCCUUCGGUGGCGGCAUCCUGCACCCUUUGGAGCAGAUCACCCUCAUGGUGGAGUCUGACCAUGAACAUGUUCCGGCUCUGCUUGCGGUGGAAGGCACCUUUGCCAUCAUUGGCAAGGGUAUUGGUUUUGCGCUGGCCGGGGCGAUAUGGACGGGCAUGUUCAAGGACAGACUGGCCAGGUAUCUUCCAGCCUCGGAAAUGCCACACCUGGAAAGCAUCUACGGGAGCAUCAAGGUCCAGAGCUCGUACGCCAUGGACAGCGAGACGUAUAGAGCCAUUGCUCACGCGUAUGGAGAUACGCAGCGCGCGAUUUUGCUGGCUUCGAUUGGGAUUUUUGUCGUGACCCUCGUCCUCACGGCGCUCUGGAGGGACAUUAACGUCAACAAGGUCGCGAACCGACAGAACAAACGUUGGUGA